AUGGCCGAGCGGAUUCUCAUGAACGAGUUCCGCACCCUGUCGCGUGAGAAAUGGGUGAACAUCGAGCUACACAAGGACGACAUCUUUAGGUGGGACGUUGCCCUGAUUGUGCUCAACGAAGAUUCGGUCUACUACGGCGGCUAUUUCAAGGCUCGAAUGACCUUUCCGAAGAACUACCCCUACGCACCUCCAGAAUUCCGUUUCCUGCAGCCUCUCUACCACCCAAACAUCUAUGCCGACGGCCGUCUCUGCAUAUCCAUACUCCACCCCCCAGGCGAAGAUGAAAUGUCCGGUGAAUCCGCCGCAGAGCGCUGGUCCCCCGCUCAGCGCGUCGAGUCCGUCCUCAUCUCCAUCCUCUCGCUACUCGACGACGCCGAAUGCUCCUCCCCCGCCAACGUCGACGCAGCCGUGAUGUUCCGCACCAAUCCCACUCAGUACCGGUCCAUCGUGAAGGCCCAGGUCGAGGCAUCCAAGGAAAAUAUGCCUCCAGGCUUCGUGAUGCCGGUCAAUGAGACGGUGACGACCAUCCCAGAGGUCGAGAAGGAGGAGCCGGAUUUCUGGGCUGAUUCGGACGUCGAUAGCGAUGUGUUUGGGGGUAGUGACUCCGACGAGGAUCUCGACAUGGACCAGUUCUCUGGCAGUGAGGAGGACGAGGACGAUGAUGAUGAGAUGCAGCAGAUGGAUGAGGAUUAG